AUGAGUAUUGGUGAUAAAGGAAGUCAUCUUGUUUUAACAGAUGAGAUCAAAGAGAGUUUGGAGCAGCUUGUGGCUGUGUAUUCCAACUAUAUCUCGAGGUAUGUCGAGUUCAUGAAUAAUCUGAUCGGGAUGCAACGACGUGUGAGCACACUACGGUUCGAAAGAAUGACAUUGAUCAAGUAUGUGAAGAAAUUGCGGUUUAUGAAUGAUAUUCUGCAUUCAUGGAAGGUGGAAUUGAGUGGAUCGAGCUCUAAUGACGGGAUGACGCUGCGUGAGGCGAUUGAUCCCUUAGGGUCGUAUCUGAUCAAGGUAUUUGAAGUUCUGGACCUGCUAAACUUUUACAUUACACAGCCAUUGAGAGGCGAGACUAUAUCCAAGACGUUGAACGAAGACCUUGUCCUGUCAGAAGAGACAAUUGAAUGCAUUAAUGAGACUUACAGAGUGUACGUGAAGGGUAUCCAGUGGCUGGUUGAAUCCAUUGGGGGUCCCGGUGAAGGAGAGGACAAGAAGUAUCCGCAUCUCGUGAUGGAAUUGGUUGAGUUUGCCAGAAAGUGUGCCAUUGAAGAUGGGGUCGACAUGACCAACAGCGAGGACAUAUUGUUGCAAGACGUGGCGGUGGUAGACUCUGGGGAAGAGUUCCAUGAGCUUUUGUGCGAUUGGACCUCGAUUCUGGGCGAGAAAGGUACUGAGUUGAAAGAACUGUUCAACCAGGACUCAACGAAAUGGGCAUCUGUAACUAAGAAGAAAUGA